UCCAUGGACCACAGCCACAGUAAACAUAAGAGAUAGCUCAUGAUGGAGAAAUAUGAAAAGAUACGCGUCGUCGGACGAGGAGCAUAUGGAACAGUUCAUCUCUGUAAAAGGAUUGCGGAUAAUACCUUGAUCAUUAUCAAGCAGAUACCGGUUGAACAGAUGACAAAAGAUGAACGACAGGCUGCAUUAAAUGAAGUAAAGGUUUUAUCAAUGCUUGAUCAUCCGUUCAUCAUUGAAUAUUAUGAAAAUUUUCUGGAAGAUAAAGCACUGAUGAUAGUCAUGGAGUAUGCUGAAGGUGGGACAGUAUUUGAUUACCUGCAACAGAGAGGAAACAACUUGUUGGAGGAAGAAGAAAUCCUCAGGUUCUUCUCGCAGAUGCUGUUAUCAAUGCAGCAUGUACACUCAAAGCAAAUUCUACACAGAGACUUGAAAACACAAAAUAUUCUACUCAACAAAAAGAAGAAUGUUAUCAAGAUAUCUGAUUUUGGAAUCUCCAAAGUGCUGAGUAGUAAAAGCAAAGCCUAUACUGUUGUUGGCACCCCCUGCUACAUCUCCCCAGAGCUGUGUGAGGGUAAGCCUUAUGCACAGAAGAGUGAUAUCUGGGCACUGGGCUGUGUGCUGUAUGAGCUGGCUACUCUGAGAAGAGCAUUUGAGGCAGCUGAUCUGCCAGCGCUGAUUCUGAAGAUCAUGGGCACGGUGGCGCCGGUGUCGGACAUCUACAGUGAUGAGUUGCGUCAGCUCAUGCUGCACAUGCUAGAGCUAGACCCCGAAACGACGACCGUGAACCAGAUCAUGGCGCAGCCAAUGUCUUCAACGCCGUGCUCAACCUACACACCGAGCUAGGGCAAGAUUCCCUGCAGGGUGCACAGACCGCUCCCGGCCCGGCCUACCACAUCACUGGGGAAGCUGUCGCGCACUGGCAGCGUCGUCUCUACCCAGAGCACAGCCGAGGUAGGCAAGAUGCAGUCUACGCAGUCGAUGGUGUACUGCUGGGGCGCGGGCAUCACCACGCCUGGAAAGCUUCCUCUGCCGGGCAGGGAGAUUGAGAUCGUUGAGGUGGGCAUCGGCAGGACCCAGAAGGCGGGAGUCACAAAGAGUGGACGGCUGGUCUUGUGGGAGCCGACCCCCUCCAUCGCACCAGCUAACGAGACGCUCAACCCGGUUGCCGUCGAUCAGUCGACCAUGUUCGCUCCUCGCUUCCUCGAAGGCCAGUCUGCCGUCACCAUAACACACGUGUCAUGCGGCGAUCUGUUCACAACGUGUCUCACUGACCGAGGAAUUCUCAUGACGUUCGGUAGUGGCGCCUACGGAUGCCUUGGACAUGGGAAUUACAACGACGUAUCACAGGCAAAGAUCGUUGAGGCUUUGCUCGGAUUCGAAGUAAUACUCGUGUCUUGCGGAACGUCCCACGUCAUGGUUGUAACCAAUGACAACGAAGUGUUUGCCUGGGGGCGUGGUGACAAUGGUCGGCUAGGACUGGGCAGUUCGGAGUCGUUUGCGCUGCCACAGCCUGUGCCCAUCACGUGUGCGUCCAGCGCACGAUCGGUGCACUGCGGAGUCGAUUGCUCCAUGUUGGUGACUACUGAGAGCCGAUUGCUGUCCUGCGGCAGCAACAGGUACAACAAGCUUGGACUGGACAGGAUCUUAAGCGAUGGUAGGUCACAUCACGUAGAAGAGGCCAGCGUGUUCACUCAUGUGACGGCGCCACCUAUAUGCGAUCUGCUCGUGAAAGACGCUACGCUCGGGACGUCCCAUGCUGCCAUCGUGACAGUGAAUGGUGAGUGCUGGACGUUUGGCUCGAAUCAGUUUGGACAGCUCGGCUACGAGAAAGGAGAAACUGCUUCUGGUCCACAUGAAGUUACUGUGUCACAAGAGGCAGGAGUCGUUGACAUGGUGACGUGUGGGGACACCUUUACUACGGCAGUGACAACAGGUACCUGUGCACUUAUCCCUGGAGUAUAUUACCCCUAA